AUGGUUCAAGCAGCAUGGCAACUGAAAGCCGAGAAAUGCAGGAAGGUCUUGCAAGACUCGUUGAAUCCUGCCUGGCUUUUGCCUGCCAGUGAGCUACCACCGCCUGACCAUUUGAACGUUGCAGAUUUUCCGGACAAAUGUACUCUCCUGGAGCCCAGGGAGCUCGAAAUCACCAAGAAAAACGGGGUUGAUCUUUUGGCAGAAAUGGCCGCGGGUACUUUGACAGCCGUUGAGACGACCACUGCGUUUCUCAAACGUGCCCAUAUUGGACAUCAAUUGUUGAACUUUGCCACCGAGUUCCUGGUGGAAGAUGCUCUUGCUCGCGCUGUCGAGUUGGAUGCAUACUACAAGUCUACUGGUCGUCUUGUUGGCCCUUUGCAUGGUCUUCCGAUCUCUGUGAAGGAGCAUGUAGCCAUCAAAGACCACAUUUGUCAUUCUUGCUAUAUUGCAUGGACCGACAAUGUGGCCACAGAAGAUGCCUUGCUUGUCAAACUUUUGAGGAACGCCGGGGCAGUGAUUCAUGUGAGGACCAAUGCACCGCAAAGUCUCAUGCAUAUCGAUUGCGAUAACGUCAUCUACGGUCCUACUGUCAACCCUCACAAUCGUAAACUAACUCCAGGUGGUUCCAGUGGUGGCGAGGGUGCAUCUCUCGGCUUCCGCUGCGCUGUGCUUGGUGUAGGAACUGACAUUGGAGGCUCUGUGAGAGUUCCAGCUGCGUUCUGCGGGGCGUACGGACUCAGAACAACAGCACUCAGAAAUCCCUACAAAGGUGUUGUAUUGGCUGGAGACGGCCAAGAAAGUAUUCGCUGUGUGAUUUCCCCUCUAGCGAAUAGUAUAGCCGAUAUCAAUUUGUUCCAAAAGGCAAUACUCGACCAGGAGCCAUGGGAAGAAGAGACAUCGCUGGUGCCAUUGCCAUGGAAGCAGGCACCCCCAGCAAAGGUAGACGGAAUCACCGUUGGGGUCAUCUGGGAUGAUGGUGUCGUUCACCCACACCCCCCAGUCUCCCGUGGCCUUCGCCGUGCAGUUGAAAAGCUCAAGGCAGCAGGAGUGAAAGUAGUUGACUUUGAGCCUUAUGAACAUGCUAGAGGCUGGGACAUCCUCGCUGCGCUUUACUUCCCUGAUGCUGCAAAAUUACAGAAGGACAUUCUCGCAGAAGGCGGAGAGCCUGUUGCACCGUUGACUACCUGGGCUUUCAACUAUGCUAGGCCUGAGCCGCUCACUGUGGCCGAAAACUGGGAGCUAAAUGUCCGGCGCGAAGCAUACCGAGCAGAUUAUCAUCGAGUCAUGAAAGAGCGUGGAGUAGACUUCAUUCUUUGCCCUGCUUAUUUGGGUGUAGCAUCAGAGCUUGCAACUGGCCAGUACUGGCUAUAUACCGCGAUAUGGAACAUUCUUGACCAACCCUGCGUGGCGUUCCCAACUGGCUUGAAAGCCGAGCCGAGCAUUGAUGUCGUUGAAGCUGAUUACCAGCCACGGUCGACUGAUGAUGAGCGAGAGUAUAAGAAAUAUGUUCCCAGCAAAUUUACUGAUGCUCCAAUUUCGUUGCAGCUCGUGGGGAAACACUUCCGCGACGAAGACACUGUUGCUGCUGCGGAUUUAGUUUCCAAGAUUUGCACAGAUGCUCAAGGUCAGGACGGCAUCACGUUUGUAACGCACGACGUCGACGAGGCCUAUUGUCGAACAAGAUCACCUGGAGACUUCUCUACGCCGAUGAGACAAAAUCCGAAAAUGCACUCUGCAAUAUGCUCCAACGACGAGAUUGCACUCCUUCAACAUUACCUCGACGCCUUUGGGACAUUUGUGCUUCUCGGAACAGCACAUGCUGCGUUCCGUCCAGAGUAUCUCGUGUGCAUAGCAAGGUUCACACUGACCUACGCUCCUGCCAAAUGCGCCAUCCUGGCAUGUUGCGCAUCGAAUAAAUACCAGCUCACAAAGGAGGAGCAGUUCCGAAAGCUUUCCUUGAAGUACUAUUGUCAGGCCGUGAAGGAAAUCAAUGUGGCUUUGACGGAGCUGGAAAAUUCUCGCAGCGGUCCGAACGAUGCGCUGGUGACCGCAGUGGUGCACAUGUACAUCAAUGCGCUUUGGGGUCCUGACCUCCAUGACGAUGCGGCAAACCACGUCGUGGGAGCUGUACAGUUGCUCAAGCUUCGAUAUGCGAAAUCACCGCUGUGCAUGGAGCAACCGAUGCAUCGAAUCAACGCCGAAAGUGUCAUUUACCAAUCAUUCCUCUUAUCGAUGGAGCAUCCUCUUCAUGCACCAUUUGAGGUGGACACGGCCUUUCUAGCUCAGACGCAGAAUGUUCUCAGCCCUCCGACGUUCUCGGAUUCCUCAGCGGCUGCAAACAGUCCUGUUCUCGGUGUUCCUUUACAGCUUUUCUGUCUCAUAUCAGAUGUGAUGCAGCUAUACAAGUCACCGGAACUAAUCAGCGCCGACAAUUUUACCAGGAUCAAGCGGGAAAUGGUUCACUGGGAGCACGUGGCCAACACCAUUGAAAGAGCAGCACUCUCACCCACCGAUCCAACGCCAGUGCAAGAACAUCUCAGAUGCGAUAUUAAACACGAAUAUCCACAUACGAAUGCCAUGUUGCUGUACAUCUUUGCAGGAUCGCUACUACUUGAUUGGGUAGUCGAGUUGAUUCAAGGGCAAUCAGAGGAUCUGGAGGAGCCAGCCUGGAGUCCUCCUGGCAAGCCCAGGACCGAACCUCUGUUGAUGUCGAACACGGUAUCUAGUCCAUCACCCCCGUCAUCGCUCAAGACCAGCUGGCAACUUUCUCGUGCGCUUGCCAUACUUCGGCGCCCCGAAAUCCACGAAAGCUGGACCUUGUGUCAUCUGGGUUGGUGGCCCAUGAUGAUAUUCGGGUACGCAGUAAACUGUGACGAAGACAUUGCCUUGGUCAAGCAUGUAUUGCUCUGCAUGCGUCAGCGUACAGGGUACGGACUUCUCGACCGGAUCCUGGCGGAGCUCGAACAGCUGUGGGCCGCUCGAGACACCUCGUGGGCUUUGAAAGGAGGAUGA